AUGCCGAGUUCGCUCGGCAGGAUGGGGAGAUUCCUUCCUUCCAUAGGAGUGUAUCUCUCUCAUCUCGGUGACCUUACGCGUCCCCGUGGCCACGCUUAUUUCGAAAUUGGCAGGGCCCUUGGACUUCAUGACGUGUUUCUGACGAGAUAUUUGGACCAGACCUCUUCGGGAGUGGGAUUAUUUAUCAUACGUACGACGCGGUCUUAUACAGCAAGGAAUAUGGGAUUAGGGAGAAUGCGCAGUAAUUUAUUUUGUCAGUGCCCGCCGCGAAAAGUACAACACGUUGACAAGCUUCGGGUGUCCAAACGUCAACUCUUCGCAUGGUAUAAUUUAUAG